AUGGAGAGCGGUCCCUCGUCUUGUUUGGCGGAUUUCACCUGGGAAGAGGAAAUACGCAACUACUUCAAACAGGAGGGUGGCCCAGACAGGAGGAAGGGCAUGCAGAGCGGUAUCCAAGCUACGACAUGCGUUUACUUGCAUGAUGGUGCGCUGUGGGCCAGAGUAGCGACAAUACUGAAACGAAGAAGUAGAGGGUGGUAUGAAAACCACUUGGGCCUCAACGCUGCUGUACUCAUUGGUUGGAUAUUACUCUCCAUGUGUACCACUGUGCUUUUCCAAUACCUGGUGCGAAGAGUUUCCAUGAAGGAUUAUCUCCGUCUUAAUAAUAUUGGGAGGAUGGUUGGAGAGGAGGAGGUUGGCCCUGAGGGUAGUGAUACUGGGCCGGAAUCACUGCUCCUGUCUGAAGAUAGGGAAAGACAGCAUCCACCUAGAAUAGAAACGACGAAAGAGAUUAUGGAUAGGGAGGCGAAGGAGUAA